CUGGUCACGUGACAUCCGAGUCAAUCAUGGCGUCGUCUCGGAGGUGGUCGGUGUGUUUACGCUCCGGGAUGUGGAGCCUCCUUUUUUACAGCACUUAUGCCCAUUUGAAGCUUGUUCUGGCUCAGGACGUGGACAGCUGCGAGAACCUCCGGCUUGGACAGUAUCUGUGUAGAGGGCCAAGGAUCAAUGAAGCCACUCAGGAGCCAGAGAACUGCAAGGACAGGAUAGCUCUAGUGGAGUGCCUCCCAGCGCCAAACAUCAGCUGUCUACUUUCCAACGGGACAGAGUUCAGGUUCAGUGGGGACGAGGUGGGCUUCAACAAAACCAUCCCCUGCAGGAACGUGAGCGGUUAUUCCUACAAAGUGGCCGUGGCGCUGUCUCUAUUUCUGGGCUGGCUGGGAGCAGACCGCUUCUACCUGGGAUAUCCUGCUCUAGGACUGUUGAAAUUCUGUACUGUGGGUUUCUGUGGCAUCGGCACGCUCAUCGACUUCAUACUGGUCGCCAUGCAGAUCGUGGGUCCCGCAGAUGGAUCUAACUACAUAGUGGAUUAUUACGGUGCCCGUCUAACCCGCCUGUCCAUCACCAACCAGACCUACAGGAAGCCUCACCUGUCUCUGUAAACACGCCUGGACUCGCCCAGCGUAGGUUCAGAGAGGUCCAACCACGCUCCCCCCUCAUUUGGCUUUCAGAAUAUAAUCAUUUAUUAAAAUAUUAAUUUAAUGGUAAAAUUUGUCAGUACUUCAGGCUUUGAAGUAACUUAAAACAUGACUGUUUUACUUACUGUAACCUUCUCCUGUUUUUUGUUCUCUCUGUUGAAUGUUUGGAACAUUUACUGUCCAACCUGAACUUGAGCUUAAUGCAUGAACACAUGCUCUUUCCCUUCAAGCCUCGGGCCCUUUAGGACAAAACUCAAACAUUGCACAAGCAGUAAAGUUUGUGGUUCCGUGGAUGGAUUUUCUACCAGGUGAAACUUCACAGAACAAGGUCACUCACGCCUUCUUUGCCUGAGAGAGACUCGUUAAAUAUCAAAGGGUAAAGUCAACAUCCUGCAGGUUCCGUAGGGAGAGGCCAGCUGGAACGUGGCCAACUGGUUCCCCUGGAUCUGGUUCUGUUUGUGUAGGUCCAGACAGUCCAGCAGAGUGACAGUCCUACACACAUGAAGGAUCUGUGUCCACUCACAAAUGUGUGUGAUGCAGAAAUGAUCCACUGCCUUGAUGAAUCACCGAAAUCUCUCCAUUUCAGCUCAUGACUGUAAACACCGUUCAACUCUUUGGGUCAUCUCAGAUUUUGAGUGUGGAUUCGUUCAAUGUCUUCACCACACAUAAUUUGGUUUUAACAUCUUUUGGCUGCUUCAUCUUCUCCUUGUUUCUGACUUUGUAAAUAAUGUUUAGUUUUGUGUUUAAUUAACCGUCGUCAUACGUCAGGUUCGUUAUAUUAAACUUUAUCCAAAAUGUGA